GUCUGUAAAGUGGUUGCAAUUUGUUUUUCUCGUCCUCGGGAGGGUAUAUAAAUACCUGCCUCUCCCUUUCUUUUCCAAAAUCUCCGUCCUUCCCGGCAAUUUCUCGCCGUUGCAUACAUGCGUAGAAAUGUCUGAAAAGCACCAAGCGGGCUGUACAUAAUUCUUUCUAUAUAACUAUACAAGUGCAUACGAAUUUGCCAUAGCAAUUUCUGUUUAUGGCGUUUCGAGAUAACGAUAGCAGUGGCACUGAUGAUGAUCAUCCACAGCCACAAUAUAAUAGAGUUCCAGUGGGAGGUCGUGUAGCAGUAAAUGGAAGAUCUUUUGUAGGCUCAGCUCCAUAUCAAAGAAUGCCGACUGAUAUGGAGUCUGAAAUCCAUAACCUGGAGCAAAUAGCAUAUGCUGCAGUCCUACAAGCUUUCAAAGCACAGUCUGAUGCCCUUACAUGGGAGAAGGAGGGUCUGAUAACAGAACUAAGGAAGGAGCUAAGGGUGUCAGAUGACGAGCACAGAGAUCUACUUACCAAGGUCAAUGCAGAUGAUCUCAUUCGUAGAAUCAGGGAAUGGGGAGAAGCUGGUGGGAUUCACAAUGUAGCCUUCAAUGUCCCUCAGCACAUUAACGAUCAACUACCCAGUCCCACAGUGUCAGCAUCUCGCAAGAAGCAGAAGACAUCACAAUCAGGAAAUCCAUUUGGGAUGCCAUCUCAGUCAUUACACCCUCAGCCUGCUACCACACAGCCAUCGACUUCGGCUGGGAAAUGGGGACCUCCUUUAGUAAUGGGUGGCAGAAGGCCUUAUGCCGGCCAGCAAGCUUCAACCCAAAGGCCCAUGCAAUAUCAGAUUAACAACCUUGGUUCAUCUGGUGCGCCUUCAACCAAUGACCUUGCCGAAAGUAACCAUGAUCCAUUAAUUGGUAGGAGGGUGAUGACGAGGUGGCCUGAAGAUAACAACUUCUAUGAAGCUGUCAUAACUGACUACAAUCCUGAAGAUGGUCGCCAUUCUUUAGUUUAUGAUAUCAAUACACCAAAUGCAACCUUGGAGUGGGUGCAUCUCAAAGAGAUUCCUCAGGGUGAUAUCAGAUGGGUGGGUGAUGAUCCUGUAAAAUCUCGAUUGGGUGAGGCAGGUGGACAAGGCACUGUAGUUACCAUUCCGAGCACUGGAAGAGGGAGAGUUCCCUCUGGGAACCAAUUUGCAACUGAAAUUCUGCCAUCACAAAACAGCGCCUUGGAGGAUGAGGGAAAAUUUGAAAUUCUUGACACAGACAAAUUGAUAGAGAAGGUGGAAAAGGUGCUUGAUGCAAAUCAUCCUGAUGAACUUGAGAUUGAAAAGGCUAAGAAAAUGCUCAAGGAACAUGAACGAUCAUUGAUUGAGAUGAUUGGAAAACUUGCGGAUGUGUGUGAUAGUGAUGGAGAGCAUCCAUCCUAGCAUGGGCACCCGGGAGGGGAGUAGUGUGUAAGCUACUAUAUCUGCCUUAGUUUAAGCAUGACAUCAAGGGAAUGGUCAGAGGUUAAAGAACCAUGGAUGAUUUGCAUGAUGUUUAGUUUUAGAAUGGUGUAAAGUGUGUAGAGAACCUGAGAAGUAUGUCAUUAGUGUGUUAUCCAACUUGUACAUUGCAAAUCGUAUGUAGAAGAUUGUAAUGCCCAAAUCUGUAUAUCGGCUUUUUCGUGGAUUUCUAUUCUUAACUGUAUAUUGGAGCUUUUAACGUCCAAAUAAAGGAGAUACUUUGGGAUGAGUGACCAUUGUGAUAUCA